GUAAGUUCUAAGCCUACAUGCAUAAAUAGGAUUAUGACUUAUCAUGUCGCCUGUCUUUGCCUCGAUUCACGAUUCUCUCAGUCUUGGAAAUGUUUUUCUGCUGUCACUUCUUCUGUUUCUUCUGCAUUACUUGAUGGUCCUCUACGAGUUCAGAAGCAUGCCACCGGGUCCACGUUUAUCCUCCGUUCCUGUGUUAGGGAACAUAUUUUCCCUCGAAGUUAAUGCCGAGAAACUAACGGACGCCUUCCGAAGGUCAGUAUGAUGAAUCGAUCAUCGAAGUCGUUUGCCACAGUUGACACUAUAAAAUGAUUCGAAUGAUCAUUUAUUAAAGCCAUUCCUCAGUUGAUUUCAAUUGGGUAUACAGUUAUAGAAAAAUUGCCGUGUUCACUGCAGUAACAUCACAGAAUGGAAAUUGUUGUGCGAACUAUUUUUAUUCACUAGAAUAUUUUAUGUGACUUAUAGCCACGGCUUAUGGCCACUGAACAGUCUAUUUGCUAACGUUUCGCCCCACCUAAAGUAAUCCGGAUUUCGGAAUAAAAGAAAACAAGGUGUUUUGUUGAAUGUGGAAUCUUGAGCUUUGGAAUCUGCAAUUCAGCUUAGGGAAUCCAGAAUCAAUGUUCCACUGGCAAGGACUCCGCAAUCCAGUUAUUACAUCAUGAUAAGUAGCAUAAAAUUUACCCGGGGGGGGAUACUCUCCUAUAAAAGUAACGGGUGUGCUCGUCGUUUAAAUUUGCGGAUUGGUACCGCUUAGGGCGCUAAAAUCUAACAUGACUGCUGCCAGAGUUGUCUCGGUAAGAUUUAUGACAAUACUUCCAAAUAGUCUUUGAGAAGAAAGUGUUCGAAAGCUAUUUUCAUUACUAUUAAAAUUUGGCGUGCCAAUUAUAUAAUUUGUUGUUGUUGAAUUGGUACCUCUUAAGGGUGAAAAUAAAUUUGGGACACACCCGUAAAACAAGAUUCUGGUACCUUUUAGGGGUGUUCUCGAAAUUUUCCGACAAGUACGCCCGUCACUUUUAUGGGUGAGUACCACCCCUUUGGAAUAAGAGUAUAAGCACUAAAUUGAUGUAGACGUAUCAAAUUCUGCAGCAAAAGACUGCGAUGCUGAUCGUACUACGUGAAAAUUAACUCUGCAAGACAUCAACACGACACCGAAAGAACUCAAAACAGAGCGGGAUUGUAGCCUAGACAGCUGUUUCGCCCUUUUGGGGGCUCGUCAGUAUGGCUCAACAACCAGAAAAAAACUCUGAUGAAACUCCGCGCACUCUGAUUUUAAGCCCUGAUCUAGAACUCUCAACACCCACAGAAUCACGCCAUACCACGUGUCUUCUGGGGGGCAAGAGUCCAAGUGUCAAGUUGAUGUCUCGCAGAGAAAAAAAUAAAGAAUUGCCAAAACCAACCUCAAAAACAUGGAAAAAACAUGCAAGAAUUGCAGCAUAUCGGAUCUAUAAAAGAUCUACGGCCCAAAAAUUUAUAAAAUACAAACAUUAGCCACAAAGAAAUGCAAAGGACCGCCAACGAAUAUGCCGAAGAACGUAGGAUGUUAAUUUUUCAACGAUGGUUUAAGUUACGUAUAUAGUAGUGAAUAGAAAGGUCAGUCUUUCUCCAGAGAUCAGCUUUUUUAAGACUUAAUUCAUACAUCCGGACUCCAUUGUUCGAUAGGCGGAUAAUACUGUCAGUCUAAUCUCUAUACAGUGGAUAACGCAAUUGGUUUGAUCCCUAAUAUUUAGUCGCUGUAUAGUGAUUUAUCCGGUGGAUAGAACUAAUUGAACGUUAGAUUAAUUGGGGCCUGAGGUGUAAAAGCGGGUUGCCCAUACUCAGCCUCGCUCGCGAGUGAUGCGGGGGGGGGGGGGGGGGGGGGGGGGGGGGAACACCCCCCGCGAGUUUUUGAUGUUUUGCGAUUUUUUAAAACGGUUUUUCCUUCAGGGGAGAGCCUUUUGUUUUUAAAAAAAAAAUAGAUAUUUUUUCAGUGGGGGUGGGGCACAAAGGGGAGUAUUAUUUAUUUGUUUUUUAUAAUAGUGUUGAGUAGAUUGUUUUUUUGUUGUCUUAUCUUUUUGUUGUUGUGUAUAUUUUUUGUGUGGUAUGAGAAAUAUUACUUAGUUGGGUGGGGGGGGGGGGGGGUGGGGGGGGGGGGCGGCGGCCCCGCGGGGGCGGGGGGGGGGGGGGGGGGGGGGGGGGGGGGGGGGGGGGGGGGUGAUGGAAACCCUCCCUAGAGUUUUUGAUAUGUUGCACUAUUUCGAAACGGUUUUGCCUUCAGUGGAAAGCCUUUGAUCUUCACAAAGAUAUAAGGUAUAUCUUACGAGUGGUGGCGCCACAAGAGGCAUGUGACGUCACCAGCAAUGGCUGCCAUCUUGCCCUCCAUCUUGGAUUUUACCAAGAAUUAGAAGUCAGGUUAAAACCGCAAGAAAUAGUAAUUUCUUGCGCUUGACAUACGAAAUAACACAUAAAUAAGCACUUUGCAUAAUUUAUCCACAAUCUUUACCUUUUUGAAGAAAGAAGGUGAGAAAACAUGCAUUUUCUCACAGAAAUGGCUUGCCACUUGCUACUUAUGACGUCAUAUCUCGUAACUAUAAUAACUAUCACUAAAGGUCACAAGAUAAGCAAAAGGCCCCUGCGGUCACCCCACAGAUCACGUAGGCUGGAGGAGGAGACCGCUGACCGCAUUGGCUUGCAAUUUAACUUUGCCUAAAUCACAUUUAGCCACAUUAAACUUGUCUCAAAAUGCGCGCUAGGAAUAAACGAACAGCUUCUGAAAAACGUCAUGUGCUGAUAUUAAAAUUAAGAAAAAUCCUGUGGGGGGGGGGGGUUAGGGAGCCACCUCCCUCCUUGUACGUCCGAGGGUUAAGGAGAACGUUUCCUCUGUGGCAUUGGUUGCCAGUGUUUGCUUAUUUCUCACUUUUAGCUUUAUGAUUAUUAAAUCGUCACACAAUUCGUUCAUCCAUCACUGUAUUUACUAUUGCAGCCUUAGGGAAAAUUAUGGUGGAAUCUUUUCCCUGAAACUUGGAAGCUAUAAGGUCGUCAUGGCUGCAACUUCUGAGGCUGUUAAAGAAAUGCUGGUGACGAAAUCUGGGGACUUUGCUGGGAGGCCACAAACGUUUGCCUUCUAUAACAUAACCUUAGGUGUGUUUAGCUUAACGUUGACCCACAGUCGAAUACAAAAUUAGUUGAGGUACUGACACUUUCAGUCUUUUGCUAGAUUUGUCAUUAUCUUAUUAUAAAAAGGGUUAUUUUAGCAAGCCCUCCUUCCACUACCACACUCAUAGCCAAACAAUAUUUUGCCACUGUUUAAGUUACUUGAUGGGUGAAAAAGGCCAACUCGGGUUGGCGGCAUAGUGGGUGUUCAUGCAGUAUUUUUUCAAGACUUGCCCUAUUUUUUGACUAUCGACAGUAUCUCCUCAAUUUUAUCUCUGAUUGUAGCUUUAGGCAUUACGCAAAUUAUAUCUCGCUCACAUUUUUGCAAAUCAGAUUAAAAUAUUUUAAUAUUUUAUAUUCUUCUCCGAUUAGUUAAUUAACUUUAUGUAUAAUCCAUAAUCACUUGGUUAGCCUCAAAAGCGCUUGUCUCGUCCGAAGUCUGUAUCCUUGUUAAUAAUGUAGUAAUCAGCCUUCAAAAUAUUACAUUUUCUUUUCUUAACGAUAAAGAUAUCAGGAUUACAGUUUUCUAAAUAGCUAUUACUCGCGCACAUUUAAGGGAAUCCAAAACAACCUCAUUGAUUCUGGACUCCAGACCUUGGAUUCUGGAUUCUGGAUUAUUUAUCAAUGGAAACUGGAUUGCGCAUUCCAGUCGUUAGUGGGAUUCCGGAUCCUUUGAGCUGUUCUCGGGAUUCCAAAUCCGAGGAUUUCGGAUUCCACAAGCAAAAAUUGUCGGAUUUUCGGAUUCCGGAAUCCGGAUCCCUUACUUGGUGCGAUACUAGAAGGCGCAGAGGUACUUAUUAGUUGUUCCUGUAUGCUUGGGACAAGAUCACAAGGUAAGGCCGCGCCUUAAUAAUCUAUCGAUGUCCCUUUUUAUAUUUAGGUGGUAAAGACAUCAUUUUGGGUAACUGUAGUCCUGCCUGGAGGUUUCAUCGCAAAAUUUUCACCACAGCCUUGCGCCAGUACCUCUCAAAUACUCCUCUGACAGAAAGUCGUGUCAACACACAGGCCAAAAAGAUGGUGAACUUCAUGAGACAGCAGGAUGGCAAACCAUUUGAUCCAGCCGAGUGCUUGAUGCGAACUGUCGCUGAUGUUAUUUGCGGAAUAAUAUUCAAAGAAGGUUGCGAUACCAUGAACCAAGAUCUAGAAAGGCUUUUAAAACUCAACGCAAACUUUAUAGCAAAUGCAGGUGAUAUUCAGGAGGCUACCAUUCUGGACUUCUUUCCUUGGGGACGUUACCUACCUGUUAAGUCUUAUGACCGUAUCUUUAAAGUAUUUGAUGAAAUACACUCUAUUAUUCGUAAAUUCGUGAGAGAAAGAAAAGACACAUUUGAUCCAACCGAAAAAGUGGGAGAUUUUCUGGCAAGUCUUUUAAGUGCCCAGCAUGACCUCCAGUGUGAGAGCUAUGAAGAAGAAAGCCGGGCCCUCCUGUCUGAAGACCAUUUCGUGGUCGCCAUCGAGGAUAUGUUCCUUGCUGGAUAUGAAACCACCAGCACCACACUGAGGUUCGUCAUUUCCUUCUUAGUCAGAUUUCCAGAUUAUCAAAAGGACAUUCAGCGCCAGUUGGAUGAAGUUGUUGGCAGUCGAGAGCCGUCUCUAGAUGACCGUCCAAAUCUGCCUCUCAUCCAAGCCACGAUUUUAGAAGCACUUAGAGUUGGAAACGUCCUGCCUCUUGCAGUAUCUCAUGUCGCUCUUACUGAUACGACACUUUGCGGUUACCGCGUUCCCAAAGAUACCAUUGUCUUUGCUAACACAGAGUCUGUGCAUCUAGAUCCCAGCUGCUGGGAAGACCCUGACGUUUUUAAUCCAUACCGCCAUAUUGAUGUAGAUGGAAAGCUAAUCACCAAUCAAGGUAAUUUUUAUCCAUUUGGAGCCGGUCGCCGGGUUUGUGCUGGUGAAUCGCUGGCUAAAGUCGAGCUGUUCUUGUUUGUCUCUUGGUUACUUCAGAGCUUUACCUUUAUCCAAGUGGAGGAGAAUCUUCCGAAAUUAAAGGGAGCUUUUGUACAAUUUCCUGAUCGAUACAAGAUACGUGCCAUUAAACGAACGUUACCAACAGGCAAUUAA